AUGUCGAGUAGACUCAUACUCUUCGGACCGGCCGACAUGUCACGGCAGAUAGAGAGCAGUCUCUCAUCUCUGCUACCUACUGUAUCGCCUUUGCCAGCACAACUCCUCGAGCUGGCAACAUCACUCGUCGCACAAUCUCGGUCCAAGGCAUCUUCGUUGAAGCAGGAAGAAGAGAUUGGGCGGACGUACGCUUGCUGCCAUAUAGCAUGCGAGAGGCUAGGCAAGAAGCUUGCCCUUGAGAUCGGCAGGCCCGUACCGCCUUGUGCACCGAAAGUGUACAACAAACUGAAGACUUAUCUGGGAACUGUGCUCAGGACACCCGCGAACACACCAAGAGCAGCAAGGGUAGUCGACAAGCUCGAGGCAAAGACAGGUGAGGAUGGUUCAGCGAAGAAGGCAGGAGAGGCCAAGGCGUCUGGCAGUGGUGGAGAGGGGCUGAGGAGAACGCCUGUCAAGCGCACGUUGCAAGUGGACGACACGCCAUCGAAGAGGGUCAAGCGAACACCUGCUGCCUCUGCUGCAGCACCGGAGCCCGAGCGGGAGCCGCCGAAAGAAAUACCAGUGCCAUUGCAACCGGACGAAGAAGAAGAAGAAGAGGAUGACAACGUCCUCACACUGGUGAAACGACCAUCCAAGACACCACUUCGGCGCAAAGAGAAACACGCAUCGCGACCUGACGGACCCGAAGAUGUGGGUGCUGCCGGUCUUCUACCUGGACUGGGCACCAUGUUCCAGCCUGCUGUCGACUGGCUGAGCGACGAACGCAGAGCAGAAUAUAAAACGUGGGAGAAGAGUGUUUUUGAUCAGAUCAGGGAAUUGGAGUAUGAGGUCUCUUGA